AUGCUAGCUGCUGGAAUGUCCUAAAUGAGUGCGGAUUACGUGUGUCUCUCUCAAAUUGAGAGUAAAGCCGCAGCUCUGUAUCUCUUUGUCUCUCUGCUGCUUGGCUGGGCGCAGGAAUGAGCGCGGCAGUGGUGCACAGAGGAUUCCUCAGGAAAUAUGGGGGCUUCAUGUUCAAGCAAUGGAAGGAAAAGUACCUGGUGUUGACAGUGGAAGGAAAUUUGAUGGUGUGCCGAGAUGCAGACUCACCACCAGAUCAGGUGGUGGCACUGCAGAGUAACUGCGAGUCCAUAGUGGAGGGUAAAGAAAUCUUGGAUUUGCCCCGUUUGCCCUCUGGAGGCCGCAGAGACAGCUGCUUCGCCCUCAUCCUGCCCCAAGACAAGUUUCUCCUCCUGCUGUCAGACAGUCCAGAUGAGUGCACUCAAUGGCUGAAGUUACUCAGGAAGGUGAAAGAGGGUGUGACUUCACCGCUUGUCCUGAAGAGACAGCAGAGUAUCACGCCAUGCAUCACGGACAGGGAGCCGCUUCCAGACGUCUCCAGUGACAAAGACCCCUCAUCCCCGCACCUCAGUGACAAGGGCCUGAGCUCCCCACGAGUGCGCUCCAGAGAAAACUCCUUCAGACACAGAGGCAGCAUGAACCAGCGGCCUCCCCACAGCCCCACCGUGGCUCCGGGCCUUCGCUCCGCAGACUGUCUGCGCCACGGAAACAGCAGCGAUGCGCGGGCCGUGAGAGCGGUCUGUCUGCUGAUGGGUGGAGCAGCCGCAUCCUCAGCGCUGGGCUACCUGAACUCCUGUCCACCCACCUCCUCUAACAUGGCCGUCCAUGCUCCUGACAUGACCCACUCGACAGCUUUCUCUGAGAUGGGAGGAAGCAGUUCUUACCAUGCCUGCAGUCAAGCAAUAGAGUCACCACAUUUUAACAGCUUCGACUUUGAGGGAGACUCUGAUUUUGAUGCUUUUGACUGUGGAGGGUUUGCUUUUUAAUGGAAUUUAUUUACCUCAUUCAGAGGGUUCCAACAGUCAUGGAAAAGGUAGAAAUGCUAGGGAACUUGAAAACUGUUAUUUUCGAGCCCAGAAAUCUUUUUUUUUUUUUUUUCCAAAUCUUUUAAAAGUCAUGUCAUCUUUUCAGUAUAAGACAGAAAAUUUGAAUUAGAAUGUGAAGAUGCAACAGAUUAUAUUUGGCAAAUGAAGCAUAUUUUUAGGACCAUUAUGAUUUUAUACUCUGUGGUAUUAUGUUCAUGAGAAUUUAGCUUAUCCCUCUUUAUACAAAAAUUAUUUCUUAUAUUGUUUUCUUUUAAUUUUUGUAUGAAAUGACCCAGAAAUGUCCUUGGCAGGUUUUGUGAGAUUCAUCUAAAUGUGCCACUAUUAACUUGUAUGUUGUGGCUAUUGCAUGUUUCAAAUAUAAUAUACAUUAUGUUCCCAUAUAAAUAAUAAUUAUUUAAUAAUAAUAAUAAUAAUAAUAAUAAUAACAAUGUUACUCUUCCUUAGAACUCUUAACCCAUUUAUUAUUAUUAUUAUUAUUAUUAUUAAUAUUAUUAUUAUUAUUAUUAUGUUAUUAUGUUUUACUAUGUGUAUGUCAGACAUUUGUGGAUACACUGAUGUAGUUUGUUAUUGCUGCAAAAAGAGUCAUUAUCACUGUAGGACUAUAAAAAGGACUUUAUUGUGACAAAAUGUAUUUACUUUUUCAGAGUUUUUGAAAGCUUGUCAUGAUCCUUUUUCUGUGAUGUCUGCCCACUUUGCAUAAUUCUUGAUUUUAACAUGAACUAUAUCUACAAAAUUAUUAUUUUCACCUUUUCCUCAUUUCCUCAUCUUUUUGCUCACAUUUUUUCUCUGGGAUAGUGAGUUUGUGUAAGUGAGAUCAUAGGUGAGUGUUUAUUAAACCAGAUCUCUGUAUUAUCUCUGUGAUGAUGUAAAAAAAAAAAAAAAAAGAAGGA